GAGACGGACGAGGCUGAGGUACGAGGGGCCCUGGAAGUUUUCUCGUCCCGGAGUGUAUCCGAGGAACCAGUUGAGGAAAGCAAUGUGGAAGGUGUACACCAUGUAACGCGACUGGAUGCGUUUCAGAAUGUGAAUAACUGUUUAACGAACAUGGGGGAGAGGGAGGGCGAGGAGGAGGAGGACGAGAAUGAGGACGACGAAAGAAGCGAGGACGAGCAUGAGGACACAAGCGAGGACGAUGACGACGAUGACGUUGAGGCACAGGAGCAGACGACCGAGUCUCAUGACGUGCAAGAGAAGGAGGGGCUUGUCUCUGCUGUCACCAGCACGUCCUCCCUCGGCCCGCUGGACUUGCAAAGUUGCGACAGUGAGAGCGUGGAAUCAGCCCGAGCGAGUCAGGAAGAAGGACUUCACAUCUCCAUGGAGCCGUUGCCCCGGUCGAUCAGCAUCCCGAGGGAGGUUGGCUCAGGGAGGGGAGGGAAGGUGGAAGGAGAGCAGGAAGGGGAGAGGGACUCGACGGUAAAGACUGCUGCUGCUUUGCCACAGCAGCAGCAGCAGCAGCAGCAGCAGCAGCAGCAGCAGCAGCGGGAGGAAGCGGAAGAGGAUAGCAGAGCCAAUAUUGUACAGGCGAUGUACAAGACCGUCCCGGAUGUGGUAACGAGGACGGAGGUGGCUGCGCCUGCCCCAGCCGGUGUGAAGGAGGGGAAGGUCAGCUCGUACCCUGCUGGGGAGGAGGAGACGCUGCGAGGGAAGAACAAAUGUUGCAGCAUCAUGUGACAACAUGUGAGAUAUUGUUGAAGUUGUACUUGUAGUAGAGUUUGACAAGUG